CUCCUCAGUUGCACAACAGCAGAGGUCAUUCUCCCGCAUACACCCUUCCUCACUGCAAGGCAUCCUAACAUGACUUUGUGGCUCCUUUUGGCCGUGGUCCUCACAACGGGGGGGACCGGGAGCCCCUCUGGGACCGUCCUGCCCGAGGACUCCAAUACCACCGCUCAUCCCAACAGUCUGAUGGAGAACGUUUGGAAGCCAACUGUGGUUGUGUUGGUGGCAGAAGAGGAAGUGAUGGAGACUGGGGAGCUGAAUCCAAGUCACUAUCCUGCUCAGAGAGUGGCCAAGGUGGUCCAGCACUACUUCAACACCCGACAUGGGUCUCCGUACAAAGUCUUCGCAGUGAAGAAGGUCUUCAGUGCUAACGCAGAGGAGGUUCCAGACUCGGGAAGAAAGUAUCAACUGGAGCUUUCUAUGAAGGAGAUGGUGCACAAUACGACAGUGGCCUGCGCUGCAGAGGUCUUAUUUCCCAGAAAAGAGGGGAGUGAGAGUUCACCACAGGUGCAGCUUUCAUGUGAAGACAUCUUGAAAAUCAACACAAGCGCUCCAGAGGAGUCUUUGUACCAGCAGUACAAGUUGAAUCAGAAUCUGUCCGCUCACAACCUGCCUGACAGCUAUGGCCACGUAGAUGAGGACCAAGAGCCUUUCUGGCAUCUCGGCAUGGUCGCGUCAAGCUUCAUCAUGCUCAGCGAAUCCAGCGAAAACACUUUAUACAACAUGGCACAAGUGGCCAACCUCACUCAGAUGGCAAGUGAAAACGAGCAGCUGAAGUUUGACUAUCACGUACUGCUACAUGACAUGGUGUCCCAGGAAAUCAUUCCCUGGAAGUUGGUGUUUACCUGGUCUCCAUCAGCUGGCGUUAAAGUGCAAACGAUGGAGAAAAGUCCUAAUUGUCGUCACUGCAAUGAACCCAAACCCUAAAACUGUUGACCUACAGUAAAUGACAGAUCUCUUAUCCUGUGAGUGAAAUGGCCAAAUGAUGGCUUCUUGCUGGGUUUUCAAACUGAGCCUGUCAAUACUAAGCCACAUUUACAAUAAAUAAACACAUUCCACAGAU